AUGUCCAACCCCACGACCCUGUACCAACGCAUCCAACAGAUCGACUCGCAAGCCCACACGGCCCUCCUGCCGAACAACACCCCUCUCGCCGAUGCCCUCACCCACGCGCUCACCAACUCCGCUGCGCAGGGUUUGCACCCCAUCACCAUCUCUCCGCUCCAGGGUCAAUACCUGGCCAUCCAAGCCCAGCUGAUCUCGGCGCGGCGGGUGCUCGAAAUCGGCACCCUGGGAGGCUACUCGACCAUCUGGUUCGCGAGCACCGGCGCGCACGUCACCUCGCUGGAGAUCAACGGGCAUCAUCGCGCCGUGGCGGUCGAGAACGUCCAGCACGCCGGGUACGCCGACAGUGUGGACAUCAUAUUGGGGGAUGCCAUGGACACGUUGCCUAGACUUGCGGGCGACUCCCGGGCGCCAUUUGACCUCGUUUUCAUCGACGCGGAUUGGGAUUUGCAGUUUGAGUAUUUCGAGUGGGCCGUGCGACUUGUCAGGCCUGGCGGGUGUAUUUACGUGGAUAAUGUGGUGAGGGCGGCGCUGCAGCAGACCGGAGGCUCAGAGACUUUGGUCGACAGGGUGGGCGGGAUGGAGGGCGUGCAGGCGACGCAUGUGAGUUUCGUGAGCGGUCAUAAGGGGCGUGAGGCGGACAUGUUUGAUGGCUUUCUGUUGGCUAUUGUCAAGGAGAAGGGAGCGGCUUGA